AUGAUUUGCCAUAAAUUGUUAUUAGGCAGGGUUCUCCAACUUCGCGGCAAAAGUGAUAUAAAAAGACAUGGAAUCAGAGGAACUUUGAGGUAUUUGAGCAAUCCGAACCUUCCUGAUCAUCUCCACUCAAGAAUGCUGUUGCACAAGGAUGGAAUGAUGGAAUGUUUAGCUUUGGCGCCUUUAAAAGUCAUAGUAUGGUCCUCGGAUAAGGGCUUGAUACGCACCAACAUCGUUAUUAGCGCGCAUCCAAGAACUGCAAUAGGUAGACUGGUGGAAUAUAUCUACUCACAGCUUUCCGAGGAGUUGAAAGCGAUGGAUCAGAGCGGAAACAGUUCUUAUACGGACAGGGGAGACUUGGGUAGCGUUUCAGACUAUUGUAUCUACUAUAGAUCGAAGAAAGAACAGCCAGUUGACAUUACUUUGCAAGAUCUGGAAUCAAGCGGGAACAUUUCAUUCAUCAGAUUGCUAUUUGACAAAAGAGGUACACAUACGGAAGAGCCGAUUAACUCGCAAUAUGAAAUUAAUGCUAAUUUCAAGACAACCAAUUUACUGAUUAACAUAAAUGCACUAUCAGUAGACAAGAUAAUGUCACAAAUGGAGUUGAAUGUUCCAAUGGGUCUUACAGUGAAGGGUCUUAAAGAAAUUGCUAUGAAAGUACUGUACGAGUAUGAAGAAGGAAGUAAUAGUAAAAAUCUUUGCCUCGUUAAAAAUAACCAUUCAAUCGCUGAUAUACUCGCAUUCAUAGUGAAAGGCGAUCAGUCACCAGUUUAUCUCAAUGAUUCCAAUGCUGAACUGUAUGAUGAUUUAACGCUCACCAAAAUUCUAGGUUGUGAUUUCGCUCCUCAAAAACAGAGCUAUUUUACCGUUAUGUUCAAGGUAACGCAUGCGCACUUACCUGCGGAAUGCUUAGAUAACUCAAUCACUAUAGAAUUUAUUUCAGACUCCACACUUUCAGUGAACAAGAUGUCUGUCACCACGGAGACCAGCGUGGAGGAAGUUAAAGAAUUCAUUUGCUCUGCAUACACACAUUCCUUAAGAUUAUCAACAAACGAUAUCAAGUUGAUAUACAAGGGUCAACUCAUCCAUACGUUGGACUUCGCUGGACAGCCUUCCAAGAUCACGGACUAUAUCAAUGGCACAGACGGCGCCAAAAUCCAUGUCCAUAUAAACCAAGAGUACAAUGAGCCAGGCCCCGGAUUUUGGUCGGAGUUAUUCAAUGGUGCGGAUAGGUUCGAGUUUCUUCCUCAGAGAAACUUAGAAUCACAGCCCAUGAUGCCUUCAUUUUCGUCUCAGUCGAGGGUCACAUUAACUCCGAUGUCUCCACCAGAGACACAGCUUCCUUUGAUGGAAGUUAGUGAUCAAGCUGGGUUCCAAUUCUCUACAGAAUCCAGCCUUUCCUUACUUCAGGGAGAUGAGCCUUACUUCAAAUGCUUAGUUGACGGUAAAGAUGAGGUUUUUGUUCCUGCACAUGUACUUGAACCUGCAGCGAUCACAUUGGAAAUCGAUGACUCGAAAAUGUCUCUGUCCUCGCUGGAUUAUACCAUCGAGAACGGAAUAAUCAAACUAUCACCUAAACUUAUAUCCAGGCUGGAGUCUAAAUUUGAUAUGGAGAUAAUGAGAAAAGCGAUCAUUGGGGAGGACUUCGAUAAUUUAACGAAUCAAAAUAUCAUGACGGCGCACCAAAUGCAACAAGGAAACCGCAUAACAUUUUUCACCAGGAUAUUGCCCGUGCUACUGUUGGUUUUUAGAACGUUAUAUCUCAUUGGUAACAACUCUAUCGUGCCAUUCUUCUUUAUUUUGGAACUUUCCACGUUUCUCUCCUGGAAAUACACCGCUUUAAUUGCAAUUUUGUUUUUGCUUAGAACCAUAUGGAGUACAAGGGAAAUAUGGGAAAUAUGGUCGGAUCAUUUCAGUUUAAGCGAAAUCGAUGACGAGAGUUACAUCAAAAUAAAAGAACACAUCACUUCCAAGUCACUUUCUCAAGAUUUUUUCAAAGAAUGUAUAUCCAGUGAUUCAGUCAUCGAUAUUUUUAUGUCAUCGACGCUACGUGAUUCUAGGGAGCACUUGUAUGAGGCAUAUAAUAUUGAACAUGCAAAUGAAAGCAACGGUGUAGCGUCUUUAAAAGCAUUAUUGGAGAACGUCUCUAACCGUGAUAUCGAAAAGGGGCCUAUCGACGAAUUCAUGAUCAGCUGCCUGUGUCUUUAUGAAACCACUAGGUACACAAUGCCUGAAACCUACCAGAACUCCAUGCGGAGAAUUUUUGUAAUGGUCAAAAGAGACUUGACGAAGCAAACAAAUCCUGAACAGCUGCCUUUGCACAAAAAGAUGUUAAGAGGUUUCCGAAUUGCAAUUGAAAGAUUUAGGCAGUCCCAGGUAUCCAUCAUAGUACUGGAGCACGUUGUUCCCGAUCCAAGACAAGAUACUCUGAUAGCAUCGAUUGUGAAAAACAUAGUUCUGUUUUUCCUCAUAAUUCUGCCACCGAUCAAGAAUAAAGUGGAUACUAUCUUAGAAGAACGUGCGAGGGCGCAUGAACAUAUCAACGAAGAUGAGAAAGACGAAGAAUUGCAUUCAGAAGAUGAUAUUUUACUAAUAUCAGAACAGCCAUCUGUAACCACAGGUCUACAAUUGCACGAUCAAGAGGCACACGAUCAUCUUCAAGAACAGCCUACUGCGAGGUGA